GUGACCAAGGAUGCUGGCUUUUUUUUUUCUUUCCUGCUUGCUAAAGAGCGAGGAAUUUGAGCGGGAAACCGCUUUUCCGCCUGGGGCCUAGCAGGGCUGGCGCCGCCAAAAGGAGGACCGGAACGUGCCCUGCGUUGCUUGGCGGUGGCUCCUGCGGCGCGCUUCUUAGUCAGGGUCCGGCGCCAAAGGGACGGGAGUGGACCAGGAAGAAGCUAUGAUCAACAUUUCAAGCCACCAUUCUAUUUUUGAGUAGACUUAUUCGUCCAACAUUAUUAGGAUGCUGGGUGCAUGUGGCAUGCAGAAAUGUCACCAAGAAAUGCUCAGAAAGAACCGCGUAUCACUAGCAAGUCAACUAGUAUUGAAGGAACUAAUGGAACAUCUUAUAGCAAAAGAUAUUAUCACAGAAACAAUGAUGGAGAUGAUACAGGCGAAGUCUGGAAAUUUUAGCCAAAACAUAGAAUUCUUGAAUUUGCUUCCGAAGAGGGGCCCCAAAGCCUUUUCAGCCUUUUGUGAAGCUUUACGAGAAACUAAACAACAGCACUUGGAAGAAAUGCUCUUGAGCACUAUCCCCUGCCAUAGGAUUGAGGCUGUAAAGCGACCUAAUUGCUAUGAUGAAAGUUUUCCGUUUCCAGUGCCUGAAUCCUGUGUAUCCCAGAAAAGACUAUAUCAGAAUAAUGCAGUGCCAAUGGAGCAUUCAUUAGAUGAUGGAGAUGGCCCUCACUAUUCUCUGGUGAAACCAUGCACUCUAGAAUUUUAUCGCACGCAUGCACGCUCGGCAUACAAGUUGAAAUCAUACCCACGAGGCCUGGCUCUUAUCCUUAGCAAUGUGCAUUUCAGCAAUGAGACUGAUCUAGAGUUGCGUUCUGGAGGAAAAGUGGACAAUGCUGUUCUAGAUACACUCUUCAAGCAUCUUGGAUACCAGGUGGUUGUAAAACAUGAUCAGACUGCACAGCAAAUGAAAGAACAGUUGGAAAUUUUUUCCAAGCAUCCAGUUCAUCAAAACGUAGACUCCUGCAUAGUAUCACUUCUUUCGCAUGGCAUAGAGGGUGGAGUCUACGGAGUGGAUGGGAAGCUACUUCAGCUGCAGGAAAUUUUCAGUCUUUUUGACAAUGCCAAUUGUCCUAAUCUUCAGAAUAAGCCUAAAAUGUUCUUCAUCCAGGCAUGUCGGGGAGAUGAGACAGAUCGAGGAGUGGAUCAGAUAGAUGGGAAUGACCGGGCCUGUUCUCCUGGUUGUGAAGAGAGUGAUGCCAACAAGAAGGAAAAUCCCAAGUUACGCCUCCCCACCUGCUCUGAUAUGAUCUGUGGAUAUGCCUGCCUGAAAGGUACAGCUGCUAUGAGAAAUACCAAACGUGGAUCAUGGUAUAUAGAAGCUCUCACGUCUGUGUUUGCUGAGGAUGCCAGAAACACACAUGUAGCUGACAUGCUGGUCAAGGUGAACAGACUGAUCAAACUCCGUGAAGGCCAUGCCCCUGGCACAGACUUUCAUCGUUGUAAGGAGAUGUCAGAGUACUGUAGCACUCUCUGCCAAGACCUUUACCUAUUUCCAGGGAUAGAUGCUGAGAAUUAAUUAUAUUGUUCUUUUGACAAUGAAAUCCUUUCCCUGUUCCUCUUCAGCAUUCAUGAAAUACUUCUAUACUUGUCUGUAUAUGUUUAUGAUCUACAGUACCUUCCUUCAUGGUUGUAAGAUGAGUUAAAACUUUCUAUGACAGUGAAAACUUGACUGAUGAGUUAUGGCUAUUUGCUUUCUUGUUUUUUGUUUUUUAACCUGAGAUGUCCUAAGCUAUAACCUGUAAAUAAAUAAUGCCUGGCCCUAUCAAAUUUUUUACGCUGUUUGCAGACUUUGCUAAAAUUACUCUUUAGAGUAAGAUUUGGCCAUCGUAUUGGGGUUUUUCUCCCCAUGUACUAAAAACAGACUGAUGGGGAGCACUUUAAUGAUUUUAUGUGAGUGUAGAAAAUGUGAGUUUGAAAAUUCAUGUAAUUAUUUUUAUAAAGGAAAAGAUAUAAACAUUUUUUUAAAAGUUACACAUUGAAUUCUUUUUUAAUUUGAAUUGAUGUUUGGUUGCCCACAGUAGUAGCCUUGAAAGGGAACCUUAACUCUAAAAAUGGAAGCUUUGCAGACUAUGAAGGCCAAUUUAGAAUGGCAGGCCAGUACUAAAGUUGCUUUAUGCAUAUAGAAUUCAAGCAGUCACUAAAUCACUAAUUUUUGUUACAAAAAAUUAAUAUUGCUGGUUACAAUAUUUCUUACAGUGAAAUUUGAUCAUUCUUGUAGAAAAUUGAGAGCAGGUCUUGGAAAUAAUCACAGUGUUUUUUUCAUUCUCUAAGAUACUUCUGGUUACAUAAAACUAUGUGUUUCUAAGUUGUAAUAGCUUUAGCUUAUGAUUCCGAGUGUUCAUAAAUAUUUCCAUUCUGCAUGAUACUAUCUGUUUAUCUAAUCCUGAUUUGAAGUUAUACUGAAGACUUUACUAGACAACAUAAGUACUGUAUGCUGCCAUGGAUUAACCUACCUUUAUCCUGUUCUGAUUGCCUGUUCUUUUAAUG